UCUAAGAAAGCAAAGUGCGUUGUCAUUAACAAGCCUAUUAAGUCCAAGUCUACAAGCUUAUCUUUAAAACGAAAAAAAAAACAAUGCAACUGUUUAUCUACAAAUUGAAGGAGAUUAAGACUCUAAAAGUGUAUCUUUCUUUAAUGGACGAUUUAUAUUGUUUCUGUAGCGGUAAAUCGCUUGAAGUACUUAAUAAUUGAAUCAAUGGCAGUUACGUGUUGACAUUUUAAAGUAAAGUUUUCUAAGAAAAGAAAGAAAUUGUACACAUUGUCAGUGUCGACACAUUAGUCAAGGCCAAGUAAAUCGAGUGCGCGUAAACACUUUGUUAUAGGCCUACCCAUUAAGUAGGUCUAUGAGUUGUGACUGUGUGGAGUUUGUGUUGACAUGUGUAGAACUAGGAUGUAGUGUACAUUUGGGUUGGAUUUCAUCAUUUACAGUCGAUUAGGUAUAUCUUCCUUGUGUGUGGAUACAGUUCAAAACUUUAUUUAGAAUUGUUUCCCUUUUCUAGCUGUUUUAAACUUGUUACGUUCUGCAAGAGCAUUAAGCAGAGAGACCCACAUCUUGUUAGACGACAGCGUUAUUGCUAGGACCGAGAUGCGUUAAAGAAAAACAAAAUUCACUGUAGUCCCCUGAACAGUGUCCACCGAGACAUUUUCUAGUCAUGUGACGGUUCCGUUUUUCUCCAGAUAAUAAGAAUCCUUUCAGAGCAGGAUGAAAGUGUUAGCCAUCUUGCUUGCUGCCUUGGUUCUAGUGACCAGUGCGGCAUCUCGUCAAGGCACCACGCCUAACAUCAAGGAAGUGUUCAUUGGAAGAUGCUGGGACUACCAGGAGAUACGCUAUAAUACUAUUCUUCCCAUAGAACCAAAAAACUGUUCACAUUUAUGGGACUUGUUCUUCAAAGCUUUCUCUUACCACGCCCCAUGUGACGUAAGGCAAGCCAAUUAUGACCAAUACUUGCAAGAAGCCAAACAGUCAUUACCAGCGAAUAAGGCUAUGUUCUGGUCUGGCAUUUACAAUUUGGCACAUCAGUUUUCUGAUAAUGGUAUCAACUAUGUGACAUUGGAGGAUACACUUAUUGGCUACCUGGCCAAUUCUCUCACAUGGUGUGGUCAAGAAAACUAUCCUGGAAUGAACUUCUCGGCGUGCCCAACCUGGACAGAUUGCCCACUAGAAGCUAGCGAAAGCUUUUGGUCCGGUGCUUCUACAACGUUUGCAGCCUCAGCCAUUGGUCCUGUUGUUCUGAUGGUAGAUGGGUCCAAUCCAAAUAAACCUGCUUACAGGCGCGACAGUUUCUUUGGAAAGUACGAGUUAUCAGGAUUGAAUGUGAGCAAGGUACCAUCUGUACACGUCAUUGUCACUCACGCUCUUGGUGCAGCAAAACUAGAGGUGUGUGGUAACGGUACACUCGUCACAUUACAGAACGAUGUUGAAGCCAGAGGCAUGACCUACACAUGUGACGACAAUCCUGAUUCUGUGAUGUAUCUCCUGUGUGCUGAGAAGCCAGAUUGCAGAGAAUGUAAGCUGGCUAAGGCUUUGGCAAGCGGUCAGCUGAGCUACAACAGCAGUGUCAUUACACCGGAUUAUAUUAUGGGCUAGAAGCGGAGAAAUUCGAAACGUUUGUAAUUUAUACAAUAAAAAAAUAAAAAG